UAAGAAGCCGUUAGAUUUGUCACAAGACUAAAAUCAGCUGAUUAGAGAGAAAAGAUAAAGUGUUUGAGAAAAAAACACAGAAAGCUGUUAUUUCGCAAUAAGAACGACAGUUAUCCCUUGAAAAAUGAAAAAUUCUAUAUCUCCUCAAGGAAACGCAUUCGAGGCUUGAAACUUUCAGCGUAAAUACUAGACUAAGGUAAAUAUCAUGGUGAAAGUUUCAAGCGGAUACUCUUGAAUUUGACGGAGUUAUGGAUUUUUCAAUUUCUUGGGUUUUCCACUAGGAAAAUUAGAAAAAUGCGUCUAACUUUUGAAGGAAGCAAAUUGCGCACUAUUCCUCUUAGGCUUUUUCAUAUCUCCAUAUGACCUAUCGAAUGGCAUAUGAACGAAGGAAAUCGGAAGGGGACACCUCAGGGGGUUUCCUCGUAAGAAAAGAAACAGAAAAAGACGUUUUGGGAAAUAUAUUCACUUUAUUUCGCUAAAUGUUGAAUAAAAUCAUCAUGUUCUAUAAACACACGUUAGUGUAUCGAGGUGUUCUAGAUCUCAAAGAUUAAUUUCUGUCAGAUGUUGCUGGAGGAUAGGGAUAUGGAGGCGGUGGCAUUUCUCCAACAGUCAUCAUAGUUGGAUUCUGAUAACCAUAAGCAGGUGCAAUAAACCCUUGAUGAACAACAGGAGGAACGUGUGCAGUCCUUCGUUUUGUAAUAUGAAUGAACAAAACGACAAGUACAAUAAAUAUGAGUAGUCCUCCAAUAACAGAAGGUAGAAUAAUAGCAAAAAUAAAUCGGAUGUUAGAUUUAUAUUUAUAUUGACACGUUUUUGUUGUAUAGUCGCAAUUUCCAGAUAAACAAGAGUAAUCAUAUCUACAUGACAUACCAGAACUUUUUUGAAUUUUACACUUGUAGCCUGAGUCAGGAUCACAAUAGGCCGCAGUACCACAUUCCCGAACAUGAGCAUGAUGACCAGAACAGGUUUGUCCUAAUCUUAUUUCAUCUUGACAUUCAUGAUCUUCACAAUAACAUUGACAUGAUCUAUCACUAUGACAUAUACAACCUUGUGAGCAUAGUGAACGAGCACUACCUGUAAGACUGUAGACGGUGGUGAUAAUUAAUAAUAAACUGAACAUUCUUUUGUUAACAAUUACUUUUUAGAUACUAAACAUAAAUAUAAGAUAAAAUCUCUCAUAAAACAUUGUGCGUAUUUUCAUCUGAAUUUGACCACAGUCUGUUUAAACAUAAACAACGUAAGUUUAAACGUAAAGUUCUGCAUUUUAAAUACAUUACAAAUUUACAAUUUUUUAAGCUGGAAAAAAUCGAAAGUUUUUAGAAAAAUCAAAAUUUUGCCCGUAGACCCCGGUUAUCUCUGGAGAAGCUUUUUUUGAUAAAACUGAUAAGAUUCUUAUUGGAAUUUUAUCAGUUUCUUAUACAAGAUUCUUUAAGAUUUCCCAUCGAUAGUCGUAAUUGUCUUAUACGAAUCUUAUAAGAUUUUCAUAAGAGAUUCGGAAGAAAUUCAUAAGAAGUGCCAAAAAUUCUUAUGUUAUUCUUAUUUACUAAAAGGCAGCUUAUGAGUUGAUUUUGCUGGUUUCUGUUAUGAUUAAGUUGCUUCUGUUGGCUCGAAAACUUCAUAAGAGUUUUUGGCACUUCUAAUGGAUUUCUCAUGAACCUCUUAUGGAAAUCUUAUAAGAUUCUUAUAAGACACUUACGACUGUCGAGGAGAAAUCUUAAACAAUCUUAUGUAAGAAACUGAUAAAAUUCCGAUAAGAAUCAAGUCACCGAUAGAGACUUACGAGCGAACCUUUCCAGGUGUCCGACCGCUUUUCUAACGAAAUGCGAUAGUUUAUAGGUAAUCGACUAUGCUGAUUCCGAAUAUGAUAGCCAUUUGGCCCGAGGUCUUUCCUAACCGGUUUCUGGAAAACCAGCUUUCCAGAAACUAGGAAUGGCCUAUGGGCAAAAACGGCUAUCAUAUUCGGAAUCAGCAUAGUCGAUUACGUAUAAACUACCGCAUUUCGUUAGAAAAACGAUCGGACACCUGAAAAGGUUCCCUCGUUAGACGUUUCUGAUAAGAUUCUUAUAUAAGAAUCGAUGUCUAGGGAUUAAACGAAAACUAUCCAGAAUAUGUGCGUAAGAAAAAGGCAUGAAUGAGAUAGAAUAAAGAUUCUAAUAAAGUACUUAGACAUGAAAAACUUGACUUCAAUAUUCAGUAAUAAAAGAAUUUGGUUCAAAUUCUUCAUGAUUAUCUCGAAGAAGAUUUUGGUACUUACGAAUGGCUGAAUGGUUAAUAAGCGUACUUUGGCUCUUAGCGUCUAUAUGAUAAAGCAAAUAAUAUACAGUAAAAACAAAAUGUUUUAUUUAUCAAGUGUUUAUUCAGUGAUAAAUACUCCUAUUUUUUAUUUCCAUGUGGUUAAUAGCCUAGUGUUUGAAAAACAAAAUCACUCUUUUCUAGAAACGAAGAAAAAUGUUUUAUUUUUUUAUCAUUCUGUCCAUGAUAGAUAUGUCGAGUAAUGGCAUGAUUGAAAUAAAAAAUAAUAUCACCGUAUACUGCAGCAAUAAGAACCUGGUAUACACAUGCUAACAGAAAGUUUUACUAUCAUAAAAUCUAGAAUAAUAACUAAAAACGAUAAAAUAGCCAGACCACUGAAGAUUCCGAAAUAUGGUAGCUUAUAAAUAUUUAUAACUCUCAACUUUUUUCGGCCAAUUUUCCAUCAGAAAACCACUUAUAAACCCAUUUAUAAAUCAAAAACUUAUAAAUAAACGUUAUAAAUCGAUUUAUCACAUUUUCGGACAUUGCCCAAACUAUUUUACACUCUGCAGUAGACUGGACAAAUAAGUAUAAGUCGUGUACUUCAUACACAAGACUUGUGUCUUCUUGGAUUUAGACCGUUAGCUUCUCAAAAAAGAUACAAAUCCAUACUUUACAAUGUAUCUGUUUUUAAUCAAUUAAAAAGUAACUCUUUUGCGAAACGAAUAUUUUAGCAAGAAAUUGUUCCGUUUCUCAAAAGAGAUACAUUAUCUCUCAUUUCUAUAUUCCAAAUAAAAAUUAAAUUAAAUAAGAGGUAGAAGCAAUCAAAAUUAUCUUAAGUGAUACUUAGUACUUAUAUUUAAAAACAAUUUUGUUUUCAAAAAGAAGUUGAUUUGUCAACUGUUUGUAAAUCGUAAACGUCAACUGUUGUUUCGAAUUGUUUAUAAAUAACACUGCUCAAAGUAAUGUUGUCUCACUCUUCAAAUUAUCAUGGAUUUUUUUGUACGACAGCAAAGUCAAAAAGGCGCUUCUACCAUAUUGUUCAAAGAAAAUCGUUUUCGACGUCAACGGAAGGUCAAUCCAUAUAGACCCUACCACGCGUAACAGUCGCAUUGUUGGACAAAGUCGAUCACUGAAAAACAUUGAAACUAAUAUUGUAAAGAAUAGUCGAUUACAUAUAAAAAUCUAUUUUUUGCUUUAUCUGACGCUCUUUUGUACAAGAAUUUGGGGAUCUAAGCAGAGUCGAUUUAGUGUUCGGGACGCAUGCCUCGUUCAUUUAAUCUCAGAUGGGGAGGGAUAGUGAUCCGUGAUAUAAACUAAAAUUUCUUUAUUUCGCUGAAAUUUACUAGUGCAAAAUUGCUAUAUCCCAUUUAUAAACUUGAAUACUUCUGGCUACGCCUCAAAAGUGAUAGAAAUCCAUAUUUUAGAAUGUAUCUGUUUUAAUCAAUUAAAAAGUAUCUCUUUUGGCAAGAAAUUAUUGCGUUUCUCAACAAAGAUACAUUAUGUCCGAGCUUGGGAAAAAGUCUUUUGCUUGAUCAAGGUUAGUGUGAUUUUAGUGAUACGGUAUUACUAUGUAGAAUAGAGUGUCUAUAGCCAAGUUCAUCAAAACCUUCUGAUUUUCAUAUAGGAAUAGUCAGAAGACUGCUGCGAACCGAACUGAACCAUGUAUUCCUUUUUGAAAUGAACACAUGUUUUCAAUAAAGUUGUAUAUGUGCCGAAAUUAUAUCUUCUUCCUUAUUUGUACACUCCCCGUAUUUGUCUUUCCUAAUUUCGACAUCUCCAUUGAAAUACACGGCGUUUCAAUAGUCUUUUAGACAAAAGAUAUGAACGCUAACCAAAAAUCAAAACUAUCGUACACUCUAGGAACAAAAAAUCUUCCAUAUUCAGGGUUAUAACUGGUAAAAGACUGAACUAACAACGCUUUCUAUCUCUUUACACAUGGCGUAUUAUCAUGUACAAAGUGUCAACAAUUCAAGGUAUCAAGGACAAGACCAGCUGGAACAUUGCAACCAAGCGAACCACCAACAGGUGUUUUGGAUUUGAUGGGGUUAGAUUUUAUUGGUCCACUACCAUCAUCUGUAGCGGGUAAUAAAUAUAUUCUAGUAUGCACGGAUUAUUUAUCCCGAUGGGCUGUUACACAAGCAACGUCCAAUUGUACGGCUGAAACAGCAGCUAAAUUUCUGGUGGAAAAGAUAAUUUUACAAUAUGCUUCCCGUUGUGGUGUUAUUCAUAUUAAAACAACAACAUACCAUCCACAAACGAAUGGCCUAACAGAACGAUUUAAUGCCACGUUAGCGGGUUCAAUAGGUACAUAUGCUGAUGAAACAGCAUAA